UCUAGUCCCUUGUUCUCACAGUUUUAACAGUCGCGCUCGAUGAUUUCCUUUUUCCAACUUGACAGAACUGAGUGGUCUGGUAUUAUCAUCUGAUCGGCGCCAGAGAUGAAAGUUCUUCACAUUCCAUGCUUAGAUGACAACUAUUCCUAUAUGAUCAUAGAUGAAACAACAAAGGAUGCUGCAGUGGUGGACCCAGUGGAGCCACAUAAGGUCCUUAGAGUUGCUCAAGAGAACGAAGUUGACCUUAAGUUUGUUCUCACCACUCAUCACCACUGGGAUCAUGCCGGAGGGAAUGAUAAAAUGAAGCAGCUUGUUCCUGGAAUAAAAAUUUAUGAUGGAUCGGUUGAUAAUGUGAGGGGUUGUACUGAUAAAGUUGAAAAUGGUGACAAGAUAUCCCUUGGUGCUGACAUCAGCAUAUUAUCUCUUCACACUCCAAGUCACACAAAAGGUCAUAUAAGCUACUAUGUUACUGGCAAAGAGGGAGAGGAUCCUGCUGUUUUUACUGGGGAUACAUUGUUUAUUGCUGGUUGUGGUAAGUUUUUUGAAGGCACUGCAGAACAAAUGUAUCAGUCACUGUGUGUGACACUAGGUUCUUUGCCAAAGCCAACUCGGGUGUAUUGUGGCCAUGAGUACACAGUAAAAAAUUUGCAGUUCGCUUUAACAGUUGAACCUGACAAUGCCAAAAUUGCACAAAAGUUGGCGUGGGCUGAGCAUCAGAGAAGAGUUGGCCUUCCAACUAUUCCAUCAACCAUUCAGGAAGAAUUGGAGACUAACCCAUUCAUGCGGGCUGAUCUUCCAGAGGUUCAG